UGGAAUUUGUGCUCUGCACCUUUCCCCUCUGGCUGCUGAGAGGCGUCGGGACAUUGCAUUUCCAUAGUUUCGGCCAAAUUGAAUUUUUGCAAUCCAGUGAAUUAGCCUCCUCACUGGAUGAUGAUCAGAAAUAAAUCCUGAGUAGUACCCCACCCCCCUUAUCUCUCACUGAGCCGAGCCGAAAAGGAAAAACAACAUGAGAGACACAGGAGAAGCAGUGGGAGGCGGCGGAGACAAAAUCUGUAAAUCUGAGAAGGACCAGAGUUGGAUCCCCAAAAUCAUCAAGAAACGAGUGUGCACCACCUUUGUAGAAGACUCCUUCAGUAAUGGCGCGCUGUGCCAGUGUGGGGGUGCGAGAGAUGCCCAUGCCUCUGUGGCUCUCGGUGACUACUUCAGCACAGCGAUCGUCAACCACUGGGACAGCGCCCAGCACUCCUCUGAAUACCCGACUGAUGCCUUUGGAGAGCUGCAGUUUGCAGGAGCCAGCAAGAGACAUAGCUAUUUCCUGCGUCUGUCAUGGGACACGCCCCCGUCUAUGGUGUACACCCUGAUGACAGCCCACUGGGGUCUUCCUGCGCCCAACCUGGUGGUCUCAGUAGUGGGCGGAGAAGGCAGGACAAAGCUGAAGACUUGGGUACGGGAGGUCCUCAGGCAGGGACUGGUGAAAGCCUCACAAAGCACAGGGGCAUGGAUCCUGACAGCAGGCUUGCGUGAAGGCGUUGGCAGGUGUGUUGGAGAGGCGGUGAGGGAUCACGCCACUGCAGCCUCGUCGGUCUCCCUCAACAAGGUGGUGGCGCUGGGAAUCGCUCCCUGGGGCCUGGUGCACAACCGACAGCAGCUGGUCAACCCUCAGGGAAGCUUUCCUGCUAAGUACUACGUCCAAAACACGUCCCGGGACUCCUGCUGCCUGGACAACAACUACCAGGCCUUCCUGCUGGUGGACGACGGCAGCGUGGGACGCAGAGGAGGAGAGACGGGGUUCAGGGCCAAACUGGAGGACUACAUCUCCCACCAGCGCACAGGCAUCUGGGGCAGUGGCAGCAUUGACAUCCCUGUCCUCUGUAUGCUGGUAUCAGGGGAGGCGAGUAUGCUGGAGAGAGUGGAUCUUUCUCUGAAAAACUCCAUGCCCUGGCUGGUGCUGGCCGGCUCAGGAGGCCUGGCUGACUUCUUGAGCGAUGUCUUAGAGAAUCUCUCCUUGGCCCCUGCUGUCCAGUCUUCCGGUGAGGGAGAUGGCGAGGCGGGUCCCAGCGUGGACCUGAAAGACCGACUGGCAGAACGGGUUAAAAAGCACUUCCCGUCUGAAGCAGAGUCUGACAAACUAGUUGAACGGGCUCUGAGCAUCUACCAGAACAGAGACUUCAUCACAAUCUACCACGGAGAGCAGGAGGGCCCAAAUGACUUUGACACAGUCCUGCUCAAAGCGUUGGUGGGAGCCAGUAAGCAGCGUGCGUCAGUCGAUGCCAGCCCUUACAAUGAAGAGCUGAGGCUGGCAGUCACGUGGAACAGAGUUGACAUUGCCAAGAGUGAACUCUUCAAUGGAGACAUCCAGUGGAGGUAUGAAGACCUGGAAGACUCCAUGACAGAUGCCCUGAUCAACGACAAGCCUCAGUUUGUGCGUCUUUUCACUGAGAAUGGCCUUAAUAUCCUGGACUACUUGACGUAUGGCAGGCUGGAGAGCCUGUACCGCUCAGUGGCUGAUGGGACCGUGCUUUACCAGCUACUGCAGCGCCGUCUGGUGGAGCGGCUAGGAACUGCAGCCCCCGUGGCUAUGUUGUCAAACGUGCAGGACAAAGUGGCAGCCGAGAACGUGCAGAGCGGGCCAGCGGCGGAGAUCAGCCUCUUUGAGGUUUCAGGGGUUCUGGAGCUGUUGAUAGGUGAUGUCUGCCAGCUGUUUUACUAUGAUGCUUUGGGUUUAGAGCAGAUCUCAUCCAAGAGGAGAGCUCUCAGGCGCGCCAGUAAGCUGCUGCGUGGAGACUGCUUGUAUCGGGUGAAGCGCUGCCUCUUCCCCUGGGCUUCGCUUUUCAUCUGGGCCGUUCUGCAGAACCGCAGCGAGAUGGCCACUUUCUUCUGGGAGAUGGCAGGGGAGUCUGUGCUGAGCGCUCUGAGUGGCUGUAAGUUGCUGAGGGAACUGUCCAAGCUGGAGGUUGAGACUGAGACCAAACUGUCCAUGAAAGAGCUGGCCCAGAGGUUUGAGAACCUGGCCCAUGACGUCUUCAGCUCUUGCUAUCGGAGCAAUGAGAGCCGCUCUUUCACCCUGCUGAUUAGGAAAUCUCCAGUGUGGGGUGGCACCACCUGCCUCCAGAUGGGCAUGGGCGCGGACGCACGACUUUUCUUCAGCCAUGACGGAGUACAGUCCUUGUUGUCCCAGAUCUGGUGGGGUGACAUGAAGAGGAACACGGAGGUGUGGAAGCUCCUGCUCACCUUCUUCUGCCCCGUCCUCUGCUACACCAACCUCAUCUCCUUCAGGAAAGAAGAGGAGCAUCAGCAGGAGAGGGAGGGGAAGCCUAACGAGGACGGGCUGGGCAGGGACAGCGACAGCCUCUAUGGCACCACCAUCUUCUCUUUCUCGGACAUCAAGCACAUUGAAGCUGAUGCACAGGUACCAACCACUCCCAAGACGGCAACCAUCAAAGGCAUACCUCACUCGCACAGACCGCCAAAGCGUCCGUUCAUAGUGUCAAGAUGGCGUCAGUUCUGGUUUGCACCUGUCACCUCGUUUUUGGGCAACGUCCUGAUGUACUUCCUCUUCCUCCUGCUGUUUGCCUACGUGCUGCUGGUGGACUUCAAGCCGCCGCCGCCCUCCGGUCCAGCCAUCACUGAGUAUGUGCUGUACUUCUGGGUAUUCACCAUUGUGUGCGAGGAGAUCCGGGAGACAUUCUUUUUGGGGGCGAUGACCUGGCGCCAGAGGAUCAGAGUGUACAUUCAGGAUGUGUGGAACAAGUGUGACCUAACUGCCAUCGUGCUGUUCAUCAUAGGACUAAUCUGCAGGAUGUUCCACUGGUCGUAUGGAUUUGGCCGGGAUGUCCUGUGUGUGGACUACAUGGUCUUCACCCUCCGUCUCAUUCACAUCUUUGCCAUUCACAAACAGCUCGGACCAAAAAUCAUCAUUGUUGGCAAGAUGAUGAAGGAUGUCUUCUUCUUCCUCUUCUUCCUGGGGGUGUGGCUCAUGGCGUACGGAGUAGCCAAUCAGGCUUUGCUUUACUCCUACGACCCUGGCCUAAGUCGCAUCUUUCGCCGGGUUUUCUACCGGCCGUACUUGCACAUCUUUGGACAGAUCCCUGUGGAAGAAAUGGAUGUGGGGAAGAAAUGGGACAUGGAGUGCACAGACAACGUGACGCUGAUUCAGAACGGUGAGGAGCCGUGCAGAGUUCUGUAUAGUAACUGGCUGGUGGUGAUUCUGCUGGUUGUUUAUCUGCUGGUCACCAAUAUCCUGCUCAUCAACCUGCUCAUCGCCAUGUUCAGCCACACCUUCUCUCAAGUGCAGGCUAACAGCGACAUCUACUGGAAGUUCCAGCGCUACAACCUGAUCGUUCAGUACCACUCCCGUCCUUCCCUGGCUCCUCCUUUCAUCAUCCUCUCCCACAUCAAUCUCUUUAUCAAGAGGAACAUCCGCAAGGUGCCCUCUGUCAAGAUCCACCACUUUGUGUUGGAGUUGAGAGGGAAAGCAGCUAACAAGCUAAUGACAUGGGAAACCAUUCAGAAGGAGGAUUUCCUGACUGCCCAGAACAAGAUCCAGAAAAGCAGCGACUCAGAGAGGCUCAAGCGGAUGUCUGUCAAAGUGGAUGGUGUGCUUAAACAUCUGACUGAAAGCAGAGACUUAGAGCACAGGCUGAGGGCUCUGGAGAAUGAGAUGGAGUAUUGCUCGAAUGCUCUCAGCUGGAUUGUGGAUACUUUGGCACAAGGCAGCGCCUUCAAACCUGCUCGGCCUCCGCCCACAUUAAGAGACGCUUUCCCCUCUUCUACCAGUUCUUCCUGAUUCAGCCUUGGUGAUGCCUUCACUUGCUCAGGGUGUGUAAAAGACACGUAUGAAGCACUUUCACUGUGGCUGCUCCCAUGCCACCCAUCCACCUGUCCUACUGUUUGCCAGCCAUGUUCAUCACUGGACUGGUUUUAUCUGCUGGUUUCAGUUGUUCUGAAAACAGUGAAAGAAUGGCUGUGAUCACUACUUGCUGCAGUAUUGAAUGAAUGCAAAAGCUGAUAUUUUAAGUGUCAAUCUUAAUCAAAUGCCAAACUAAAGUGCACUCUAUGUACUUAUGAUGUAGCAUGAUAUAUUUUAUUUGCCACUGGUAUAAUCUUAAUUGCUGUAAGUCGAUCGCUGGAUUUCUAUUUUAUCGUUUUUUUAUAUUGGUGUUUUUAAUGUUUAAUUGAAACUCAUAAUAUUGUUUACAUGGGUAAUAUUCAGUGCACAGUGUAAUGCAUGUAUUCAGCUACUUUCUGGCUAAAUGGUUAAACGUUAAAUCAUGUAAAUGUGUUACUGCUUUAUUUUAUUCUUUUCAAUAAAUUGUAUAUGAA